UUUACCCAAGGAAGAAAAUAAAUCUCUAACCGGUGAUGAACACCUCACUAAGUUAAACGCUAAAAACGUGGCCUCUGCCAACCCGGAAAAAGCGAUUGAAGCCCCGCCCUCCGAAAACAAUUCUUCACCUACCUCGUUUGUCUCCUCCGACCGCCUCGCCAAAUUUCAAGAACGCCAAGCCAAAAGCCAAGCCUUCUCAAAAGGAGAAAUUAAAGAAAAUGCUAAUCAAUCCUCAGUUAUCGCUUAA